CGGCAAAAAGUCGGCCCGCUCAGGAACCAGGCCCGCCAAGCUACGGUGAUGCAGACAGAGCUCUGCCAAAAAAUAUCUAGACGCGUGCUGGCCAUCUCGACCAUAGCUCCCGAUCGCUCUGUCGCUUCAUUCCAUCUGAUUCUGCGCCCUUGCACAAGAUCCAAUUUGUGUAACGACGAUAUAUGCCGACAAUUUGAAACGGAUUAUUCGAAGCGUUUCAUCUACAGACGCGCUCCGACGGGUCACCACUUUGGCACGUAUCCUACGCUUAGGCGUGGACGCAAACACCAACCAUGGCGCAUCGAUUCAUCGUCCCCGACAGCCCGACUUCGAGCGAGGCACCAUCGACGCCGGAUAGAAAAUACACCCGCGGCAGUGCUUCUAUGCGUUUUGAUGAUGCACCGUCGACCACACCCGCCGGACCUCCUCCAUCCUCCGCUGCGUCUUUCACACCAGCCGGUGCGCCAACCGAUUCGUUUCUAGGUAGCUCCAUGAUGCGAGGUGGCGCUGCUACUGGAAAAUCAUUUGGCUUUGGCAAUUCAACAGCUGCACCCCCUGGGCGUACCCUUUUCGACCGAAACAGCCCUGCUAACGCCCCAUUGGGCCGUUCUAUUCGUGGCAGAGGGCCAUCCGCUUUGAGCCAACAGUUCUAUGUUGAUGAGGAAGAUGCUGAGGGAGAGGAUGUUGACGCGGAAGGAGAUUACGAUUUACCACCCCCGCGCACCAGCCUUUUCCGAACAUCACUGGCGCCUGCUGGCUUUGACGAAGAUGCGGAAGGCGAUACAGCUGAGAACGACAUGGAUGCGCAUAUUGAGAAAAUGAUUGACCAAGAGAUGGACAUGGAAGACGAUGCAGAAGCUGACGAAGACCAAGAUGAAGACGAAGAAAUUGCCGGUUCAGAAGUUGGCGAUAUGUUUUUGAACAUGCGACAUGACGACCGACCCUACGGCCAACCCAUCAUUGGCGACGAAUCCGAUCUCAUGGUGCUCAACACGCCGGCAGCAACAGACAGAGUUCGAAAAGAGGCAGAAGAGAUAUAUCGACGAUCGUCUAUGCGAUUCGGCAACUCCAUCAAAGCUCAACACUUCCACUUUGCGACCAUCGCCAAAGACGCCUACACAACACAGGACGUUGCCCGACUUACCGAACCACCCGAGCUGAUCCUCAAGACCGAAAGCCUCGUUUGCCGCCUCUACAAUGAAGGAGUUGGAACGGAAGACAACGUUGAAAAGAUGGAUAACUCGUUGGCCAAUAUCGCAUCCAACCUCGUUGGGCUGUGGGACGAGUACGUGGAGAGCUUACCACAACCUGAAGGCGAGGACGAUGCCUCCAUUGGUCCCAGCUCCCAGGCCGAACCGUUCGAAAAGGCUGCGUAUAUUGCCCACUUGGUCCUCCGCAUGCACCACACCAGAGCCGACACUACACAAGACGGCGAGAAGGCGCCUCCUCUACCUGAGGUUAUGUUUGAAUGGAUGCAAAACAGUCACAACCUUUACCCAGACCAGCUACGAGAAAUUAACCGAUAUAAGCCUAGCCCAGCAUGCCACCAAAUGUUUUGGCUCACUCUCCGAAACGCUCUGUUACGCGGUGACGUCAAGGGCGCAUCGCAAUUGCUGCGCAAUGCCGGCUGGGAGCACGUCCGUAAGUCGGCUCGUGGCGACAAGGCAUAUGUCGGCAAAGCGCUUGACAACGUUCGACGAUUCGCAAAUGCAACCUGUGAUGUUCUAGAUCAAUGCCCUGGAGCCAACAUGGACUGGGAUAUUUGGAACAGUGCCUGGACAUUGUUCCGCGUUAGGGCCCAAGGCUCACUAGACAAACUCGCUCUCUUUGCUGAAGGCCACGAGAUUCAGCUUGAUGAUUCGAUGGAGGACGACUUUGCGCCAAGAGUGCAGUCCAUGUCAACCAUGGCUCGCAAAGCCUCGAGCCAAAUUCCUUGGGACAUUUAUGAGAAUCUGCAGUUGACCUACGGCAUUAUUCUGGGAGAUCAAAAGGCAAUCCUUGACACGGCCCAAGAUUGGUGCGAAGCGACCAUUGGUCUUUUCGGUUGGUGGAACGACAACAGCCAGCGACGAAACCAGCUACGUCUUUCGCGGUCUCGCAACAACCUCUCAUCGUCCCGUUUCGGUGCCUCUGAUGAUUACCUGCAGCGCUUAGGCACAGCCUUCUACCAGGUCAUCAAAGCCGAUCUUAACCCCAACGUUAUGAACCCUGUAGAGGUAGCUAUUGCUUCUGUAUUUGAAGGAAACAUGAACGCCGUCAUCGGAAUCCUCCGCACCUGGUCACUACCUAUUGCAUGCUCUGUGGCAGAGAUUGCGGCCCUCGGCGAAUGGCUUCCUCCACCAGAUGCACCCACAGCCAUGCCCAGCGACAGCCUGGAUCUCGAUGAUCUUGCUCUGCUUGGUAUUUCUGGCCCCUCUGCAGAUGAAAACGAAGGCAUCAAAGACACUACAUUGGUUUUGUAUGCCAGAGAAUUAGCUGGCAUUGACCCUAUGUCGCCACAGCAAGAUGGUUGGGAGGUUGCCAUUCAAGUGCUUGGCAGAAUGGAUCUUCCCGAGAAGUCAGAGGAAACUGUUGGCGAGUUAUUGAGAGACUUGCUUGCAACACUAGACGAAAACUCAAGCCGAACGGUCAACAAGAUGUGGCACAUUUUGAACGAGCUUGGCAUGAUUGCUUUUGCCGAGGAAACCGCCGAGACCUUCGCUGAUAUCCUAUCCAAGGAGUCUCAUAGAUACGGAGAGGCUCUCUGGUACUUUGCCUUGUCUCAUCGCACCGAUAGGGUCCGCGAAGUUCUAAACCUCCUGACAUCCUACUCACUUGUUCAAUCGACACCAUACCCACCAGAGAACGAGCUCGAUCCUGACUUGAAGGACCUUCUUCGCAAACGUUCCGAGACUCUGGAGCACAGAGCCGAGCAAGACUUGGAAGCUGCUCAACUUCUCGGCCGCAUGCUUAGUGGCUAUGCGACACUUCGAAAGUUUUACGAGCUUCGCGAUCAGUACUCUGACGGCGGCAUGUCUGCAGGCAAGGCAUUGUCAUUGAAGCGAGAAGCUAUGACAGCCCUGGUUGCUGUCAUUGCCAGCUCUGACGAUAACAUCCGUGGCGGCCUGUACGACGACACACGCGAUGCUGUCGUCAGCGAAGACUUCCUUUUGGCGCUGCUUGGCGAAGCCACAUAUUUUAUCAGCCAGACACCAGCCGUCGUCUCUCUGAGCCAAAUGGAUGUCAUUCUCAAGGCAGUGGAGGAUAUUCAGACUGUAGGAUCGCGAGUCUACGAAGCAUGUGACGAGUUCUUCAACCUCGUGCUGUCGUCGGGCCAGGGCCUCAAGGGAUCUACCCCAGCAGACCUGAUGCGCAAGUCAACUGCCGGCGGAUACAUGAUGACAGGCAACACAAUGCUUGCGAGCCACAUCAGCAAGUCUGUUGCAACAGCCGGCAAAGUCACGCGUGGUUGGGAUUGGCGUAAGUCAUGGAAGGCCACGACCAAGAGCGAGGAUGUCCUUCGCAAGCUGCGCUUCGGCCUAGCAGAGGACCUGGCUGCUCUCUGGCUGUCCGAGGCAGAUGGGUUGUUUGUAUAUUAAGCUGGAAGACGAGAAAAAAAGAAGGAAGGAAAAAACCAACUGUUUUAAGGCGUGUUUUUGGGAGGCCCACGGGUUUGCAAAGGUGUAAAGCAUUUUUCGCUGUAUUGACGCAGGGCUUGCGUCGCUGUCAUCUUCUGUCUUUUCUGUUUACUUUCUUAUUUCCUUAAUUUCAAUAUUACCUAGAUGCCACUGGCGCCAUCACAACA